UCUUCUUCUCUCAAGUUGAACGUUCUUUCAAUUACUUAUAUUCUAUAAAAAGUGAAUUUCCUCUUUUGAAACCUUCACACAACCCUUUGUUCAUACCAAAAAGGGAGGAUUAUUGAACUUAAACUACCAGGGAAUUUAGACAUACUGUGAUAUAUACACACAACCAUCAAACAGAAAAUUGCAAGAAAAUCACUGAAAAAAACAAUGAAUGAUACAAAAGAUGAUUACUAGAGAAGUAGAUACAAGUGAUAAUAAGAUUCCAAAAAAAUCAUCAUGGACAAGUUUUAAAGAUCCAAGGAUCGUUCGCGUGUCACGAGCAUUUGGGGGAAAAGAUCGUCACAGCAAAGUUCUUACGGUGAAAGGGGUGAGGGAUCGGAGAGUUAGGCUCUCCGUUCCCACAGCCCUUCAACUAUAUGAUCUUCAAGACAAAUUAGGGCUAGAUCAACCAAGCAAAGUUGUUGAUUGGUUGCUUAAUGAAGCUAAGCAUGAAAUCGACCAAUUACCUCCACUUCAAAUGCCUCCAAUAAGGGAUCAGACCGGGUUGCCUCUGACCGGUCUGAGGAAGGAGACGAUGGUGGUGUCUGAUGAGGAUACAGUGAAACUAGAUGCGCGAAAUCUUGACCUAAAGGACAAUAGCAAUAACAAUAACAAUAGCAACAGCUUCAGUUUUGGUCUUUAUCAGAAUAAUCACUCCUCUCAAUCAGUUCAUUCCGGAAGUCAUCAUGGAGUAGCAGUACAACAUGAAUACGAAGAAAUUCAAAACUUCAAUGUUAUGGCGGCCUUGCCUUCAACAAUUUAUAAUAUGCCAUUAAGUUCACAAGUUCUUGUGUAUCCACCUGCAGGAUUAUCACAAUAUUUUUUCAAUCCACAUAAUUAGACCUGAAAUAUUUGAUCCAAAAGAAUAUAUGCUACAUUUGUUUCCUAUAUUAUGAAAUUCACAGGCUAAAUAAUUGUUGGAAAUUAAACUUCCAAAGUUGUGAUCAUUUGUCAAGGUUGAUAAGUUAAUGUUAAUUAUUGGGUGGUAAUUAAUAUACUAUAUAUAGUGGCAAGAUCUUUU